AGCAUUCACGCGGAACCGUCCAGUCUGUUCUUCUCCGCCUCAGCCCGGUUGGGUUCUUUUCUAUCGGCUUCGCUCGGUUCCGGUACCGGGGUUCGGAUGCAGGAUGUGCGCCCUGAAGGAGAGCCAGUGUUACGGACUGUCCGGCGGGAAACCAGGCGGAAACGUCUCCGUGUUUCACGUUAAACUGACUGACAGCGCGGCGCGAGCCAUCGGAACCUUUAACGGCGGAAAGGGCAGCUCCUCCCAUCCCACCAUCUGCUUCAGCGGAAACCAAGGGAGAAUCACUAUCCCUCAUUCAGACAGUACAGACGAAGUGAGAAUAUUCACCUUUGAUGUGAAAAAUAUUGCCCAAGACAAUCCACACGGAAGUUUCGAGGUUGUCCAACAGCACACCACAAGCGCUACAGAGGAGUUGUCAUGUCUCGGGGUGAUUCAGAAGGAAGAUGAACGGUGA